GUAAAACGGUCGAUUAUUUUUGUGAACCGCCCCGUUCCCUCAUUUGAGGAAAGAAGCCGCUCACUUUUUUCUUCACGCUCGCUUCUUGAUGGACAUUUUAAAACUUGACAGGUAUUGUAAAAGGCUUUCGCUGCUUGUUUUUUCCGCCGUGUGUGAUGCUCGAGAGCAGAAAUAGUCUUUUCACUCUUCGCUGGUAACGGAAAUUUUUUGGUACGUCAUUAAUAUGGCGCCAAAAGAGUUAUAAGUGUUGCUUAUGUAGAGAAAAUCUAGCCAGUUAGCUCGAGAUCUCCUUCACCUCUCCCUGUCCGGUGUACGUAGGGAGAAAAUCACCUUUGGACAAACACAACAUGUAAAACGCCUCACUUGACGGAUAUUGAACUGGAUUUAGACACUCGUCACAAUUCAAAAUGGUUUUGGAAAUUCAAACCGAUGUGUCGUCACGACAGUCGAUCAGUUAGAGCGCUUCACUUUGCAGGAUCGUGAGGAAAAUACGCAACAGUUUUUCGGAUGACGAACCGAUAACCGUUGUCACAAGUGUGGAAACAACAAUUUUAGGAAGUCUGCAGAGAACUGCGUAGGAGGCCAUCGGCUUGGCACUGUUGUGGAUUACAUCGGCCGUCAGGAAGUUUUAAUCGGGCUGCGGAGGGGAAAUCAUUCACCGUGCAGUGCUGCUGUCACAUGCAUCCAGUGAGCUGAAGUGAGGUACAUGUGCUUGGCCUCAAAUGAUCUCCUGAUUUCGGUCCAUCUGUGUGCACCGAGGACAUCACGCCCUCUUGAGCAAACCGCAAACAAGAUGGAGACUGAGCUGAAGAGGAGGAAAUAUUCUACCAGCAGCAAUGACUCCGACACCACUGACAGUCAUGUGACGACCUGGUCGCGGUCAUCAAAGAACAUGGGGACCAACAGCACAUGGAUUCGCCUUGAGCAGAAGAAACCAUCAGAGGUGUUUCGGACGGACUUUAUAACAGCCAUGAAGUUGCCUGAUUCAGCACAGUUAAGUCCAGAAGAAUUUUAUUUCCUGUCAGACCCGUGGAGGCAGGAGUGGGAGAAGGGUGUUCAAGUCCCAGCCAACGUGGAAGCCAUUCCUGAGCCUUUGGUCAGAAUGCUUCCAAAGGCCAGUGGGAUCCCAUUCUUCUCACCCACUUAUAACAGAGGACAGGCAGAGUUUGGGUUUGGAGAGUCACGUGGGCUCACCGAACCACUUAGUCGAUAUGAUCUGGAUGAUCUGGACGUGGCCUGGCUUGAACUGGUUAAUGCUGAAUUCAGACAAUUAGCACUGCCGGAGCUGGAUGAGUUGAGUAUGGAGCAGGUGCUGCUGGAGCUGGAGAGCAGGUGUGAGCAGAACAUGCAGCGAGCCAUCGAGACGGAGGAGGGGCUCGGCAUCGAGUACGACGAGGACGUGGUGUGUGACGUGUGUCGCUCACCCGAGGGUGAGGAUGGCAAUGAGAUGGUGUUCUGCGACAAGUGCAACAUUUGUGUGCACCAGGCGUGUUAUGGCAUCUUAAAGGUGCCGAAGGGUAACUGGCUGUGCCGCACGUGUGCCCUCGGAGUGCAGCCCAAAUGUUUGCUGUGUCCCAAGAGAAGAGGAGCCCUGAAACCCACUCGCAGUGGAACAAAGUGGGUCCACGUCAGCUGUGCCUUAUGGAUCCCAGAGGUGAGUAUCGGCUGCCCUGAGAAGAUGGAGCCCAUUACAAAAGUAUCUCACAUCCCAGCCAGUCGAUGGGCCCUGUCCUGCAGUCUGUGCAGGGAACACACGGGCACAUGUAUACAGUGCUCCAUGCCAUCCUGCAUUGUUGCCUUCCACGUUACCUGUGCGUUUGAGCAUGGACUAGAGAUGCGCACUACUCUUGCGGAGAAUGAUGAAGUGCGCUUCAAAUCAUACUGCCUGGAGCAUAGUAGUGUGUCUCACACCAGCAGCUGUGGGGGGAAUGCUGACAGAGCCGAAUCCCGUCACGCGGGGGUCAGUCCUUCUGAGGCAGAGCUGCAGAAGAGCAGCGAGCGCAAGCAGAAGCUGCAGGAGCUGGAAGACGACUUCUACACGUUAGUAGACCCCAAGGAUGUGGCCGAGAGUCUUUGUCUGCCCGAUGUGCACCUCGACUUCCUCUAUCAGUACUGGAAACUGCGGCGGAAGGCCAACUUCAACCAGCCUCUGGUGACCCUGAAGAGAGAUGAGGUGGACAAUCUGGCCCAACAGGAGCAGGACGUCCUGUAUCGCCGACUGAAACUCUUCACUCAUUUACGACAGGAUCUAGAGCGGGUCAGAAACUUGUGCUACAUGGUGACACGACGAGAGAAGAUCAAACACUCUCUAUGCAACCUGCAGGAGAAGAUAUUUAACCUGCAGAUCCAGCUGUUAGAGAAAGACCUGACUGGAGAAAAAACUCUGAGAGGUGAGAGAGGUCAUCGUAAUGGGGUCAGAGAGCGCGGGAAAGAGCGGAGGAAAAUGAGUCCAGACAAGAAAGACACAUGUAGAUCGGACAGCAACUCUCUCUUCAGACAGCUGGGUUUCUCCAAAUCAUUCCCUCUGGACGGUUCCCUGUUUGACAGCUGGCUGGCUCAGUCUGUCCACAUCAGCGCUGACAACAUGUUGAGCCGCUGGUCAGGAGAGACCACCGACCCGUCAUCCAGCCUGCUGUCAGACCAGCUGCUGCAAGGUGAGGAGAACCUGCUCAGCCUCAUGAUGGACCACUCCAUUAAAUCCACCUGGAAAACACCACAACUGGGCCGCAGGGCGAGGGGCCGCAGGAAGACCAUCUCGCUUCCACAGACCACCAUUAAAGACAAGAUUCCAGCUGAGGGCCGGCGAGGAGAGCGAUUGCGUCACCGCCACCGUCACGCACGCAGCGGCCAGGGCAAACAUGACCCUCUGCAGCCUCCCUGCUCCAAAAUGGACUCUUGCCACAUUUCUGAGGAUCGUGGCUCUUGGGAUGCCGCUGUGAGCACCGGGGCUGCAUCCUCAAGCCCCUACGCAGACAUCGGUAAGAGCUCGCGGGCGGCAUUGCGUGUGCGUCUGCCGAGACAGGGCAAGUCAGGCUUUAAAAGUCACAUGACGGUGGUCUCACCACAGAACCGCACUGGGAACAUCAGGUCUGCACUGGACACUGAAACGGACGGAUAUUUCUCAGAUGUGGAACACAGUGACUCAGAUUUGCUCUCCAAUAGCCGAAAGUUGCGCUUGCCCCAGCUGCAUGCAGGGAAUGAGGACGUAGUUUGGCAAAGCGUACUGGCCUCCUAAAACUCAAUCAAAACGCACACAGUGCUGGCAUUGUUUUUGGAUGCCGUGGUACCGUUGCUAUAGUAUGUACUUCAUCAAUAGGACAUGCAGUUUUCUAUAUACAUCAACUGAAAUAGCUUGUGAAAUUGUUUUGCUCUUAUAGUUUGUAAGUCAGUUGCCUACAUUUAUGCAACCGUAACCAUUUGCGCUUGACAAAACAAAACGAUGCUCGGUUUGUGGAAAUGAACACUCUAUGGGAUGUGUCCCCUCGUGAAGCAAUAGGAUCUGUCCUGGAAUAGGGCUGAUGAUGUGGGCAUUAUGACAGUCUGCUUUUCAAUGAUUAUGUUUGUCUGCAGAGAAAGUGACUCAUUUUAAAAUGAUGUACAGAGAAAAUAUGAUGCAUCUUUAAAAGCACACAUAGUGAUGGGGGAAUGUAGCACACAUACCCGUCAUGCGCACUGCUUCAUUUGCAUUGAUGGAGACUAGACUAGACUAGACAUACCAGUGCCAAGUGUACACUCCAGCCCAAUACAUACCAGACCACUGCAAGUGUGCAGCCCUUUAAGGCUUCAUUCGCACCGCAAACCAAAGUGUGCAAUUCUGAUUGAAACACACUCCUUAAGCGACCCAUUUGCUACUCUGACAGACUCUGUUGUACACUUCAUCAGAGGUAAACAAAUGGAGAGAGCAGUUUAUGCGUAAAGACCGGCGUCAAAUUGCACGUGGAAUAAUUAUGAGACCUUCACCAUCUUUAUGGAUGGAACUACUGUUUACAAACAAACGCUCCAAGGUUCGUUUAGCAAUCUGUAAUAGAGCGGCGUUAGAUGAUCACUUCAUUGAAAUUGAGCUGAAAAUGACCAAAAAGUGUUGUUUGUAGAGUUUAAAUACCCCGUUUCCCAAAGAUUAUGGGAGAUUUGGGCUUCUUUAGAUUUCAGAUAGAAUCAGUGGAACAGGGCAAACUCAGGAUUUGGCAUAAAUUAUGAAAUCACACGGAUCACCAUCAUUGUGAUUGACUCUGCUCUAUUAAGACCUGAUUGUCCCGCAACUGCUUUUGGUAGAUUUGAAAGACCAUCCAACACUUUUUUAAUUUCUAAAGCACAACCGCUGUGACAGAUAUGAGGCCAAAUUAGACCACCAUGGAAGCACGUUCUAAUCCAAUGAACGGGACCCCUUCUCGCCACCACCGCAGCACAUACUGGCUGUUUGUGAGAGGAUAAAUAAUGUAAUACUACUAAAAUAGGACUUUUAUUAUAUUUGAAUAUAGAAUACAUCAAAUAUUAUUCACUAUGAGCAAAAAUGAGUGCACUGAGUCAGCUCUAGACUUUACUGCAUACUUCAUAUGAUGUUUUAUAGGCGUCAUCUCCCGAAUGACAAAAAAAACCCCACUUGAUAUCCGAUCUGACCAUUCAGACUGAGACAUUCAAAAAAUGUGAUUUCAUCAUAUUUCAAAGCACAUACGCAUGAGUUUUGGAUCGAGUUUGUAGAAACUGGAUUCUCUGAGCUUUCUGUUCACACUGAAAACAACUAAACAGAUUUGAGUCGAAUAUGCUAAAAAAGAGAAGAUAUUUUUAUGCCUGUGAACAAAGCCUUUUGCUUUCCUACAUCAUCUUCAUGCCAAGAGUAAAUGAAGUGCACCAUUAUGACAAAUAUUAUAUUAGAUUGACGUAAAAAUCACAUGAACUGUUUGCACUGACACUGCAAAAAAUCUGAUACAUAUCACAUUUAUUUCUGCAUAUGAAAGUGACCAGAUCUUAAUUGAAAAUGUCACACUGUCAUUCAAAAACCAGAUCUGUGUGACACAUGAGGGAGAGAAAUCAGAUUUGGUUCACAAUCAGCUGCGGUGUGAAUUGAACCGAUUUGGUUCCACUGGCUUUGGUUCAGAAAGAAUCAUUUACGUUCUCCAGUAAAGUCAGCGUGCCUUCUGUAGCUCCCCAGAUCAAGGUCACAAUCAGCUUGUUUAACUUAUUCAAUACAUCGAUGGCAAUCAGAAAUGAGCAUCUGCUAGGUCAAAAAGCUCAUUUAAAGUGUAGGGGUUUAAUGCAGUGCCUAGGAAACCUUAUAGAAAUACAGCUUUUGCCAUUUAUGGACCCCAGAUCCCAAGAGACCAUAAACCAGCUUCAAUUAAUUCUUUGUUGAAUUUUACAAUUCCAAAGUAUUGUUAGUCUUUGCUAAUUAAUAUCUGGCUGGUGUAAUGAAUCAACCCAUAGUGUUUAUCUCAGGGUUACAGAGUAGAAGAGAUGCAAAUCAUAUGUAAGUCAAACGUAUACAUUCACAGACAGUGUUUCUUUAGCAAAUGUUUAUUUUCACGGCUACUGAGUGGCUUUGUCUCAGUACAAUGACAAAGGUGGGUUUGAUUUUCUAUUUUUGUUUUUGAUGAUGCCAAAGAAUAUGAAGUGAGCAUAUGUUGUGCAGUGGAUGUACUGUAAACACUCCUGGAUGCAUCAUCAAUCGGUUGUUUUUCAUCAGAGGUUCAGUGAUGUCUUUAUUUUCAUAAAUGUUCUGUUUUUUAGGCACAAGCAACUGAUAUGUAACUUAUUUGAUGUAGUGUCAACCUUUAUACACACGGAAAGGUUAGUUCACCCAAACAUUAUGGUCAUUUUGUCGUUCCAAACAGUAUGACUUUCUUCAGUGGAACACAAGAGGAAAUGAAAGUAAAAGGCAACUAGCGGCUGUCAAGCUCCAAAAGAGAAAAAGAGCACCAUACAAGUAUCAUAAAAGUAGUCCAUAAGAUUUGUGUCUUCUGAAGCCAUACAAUCACAUUUUGUGAGAAACAGACAAAAACAUUAAUUGUUUUCCUCUGCACUGCAGCUCUCAAAAUUAAUUUGCGCAUAUUCAAACUUGACAUGACUUGGCAAAUUGUUUUUGUGAUAUUCUAAUUUUGUCACAUUAAUUGUCAAAUGUCAGCAAAUAACAUCUUGCAUAAAACACAAAGGUGCCAAGUUGAGAAUGAGAUUUGAGAGCUUGUGGGUGAGGGCAAGAUUUUCAUUGAAAUAUUAAACAUUGAUUUAAAACUCAGACUGUUCCUCACGCAAAUCUAUUGCAUGACUUGAGAGGAAGCCUUAUGGACCUUAGUCAGGGGAGAUGCUACAUUUGUUUUGACGUGAAUGAAAACAAGACUGUGAGUGAUAGACGUACAGACUGUACAAUGAGUUCCACUGUUGUGUACCUUUUUGUUGAUUGUUGCAGGCACAACAUUGGAAGUAUGUCUUUCCAAAAAAACUUCGGACAACAUGGGUGAUGAAAAUUAGACGAUUAUUAAAUUUAAUAGAAAAAAAAAAAAAAUUGGGGGAUUUUUUUCCCCCUUUUUUCCCAAUUUGGAAUGCCCCAUUCCCAAUGUACUUUUAAGUCCUAGUGGUCACGUAGUUAUUCGCCUCAGUCCGGGUGGCGGAGGACAAAUCCCAGCUGCCUCCGCGUCUGAGACCGUCAACCCACUCAUCUUAUCACGUGGCUUGUUGAGCACGUUGCCACGGAGACAUAGCGCGUGUGGAGGCUUCACGGCAUCCACCGCGGCAACCAUGCUCAACUCACCACGUGCCCCACCAAGAACGAACCACAUUAUAGCGACCAUGAGGAGGUUAUCCCGUGUGACUCUACCCUCCCUAGCAGCUGGGCCAAUUUGGUUGCUUAGGAGACCUGGCUGGAGUCACUCAGCACGCCCUGGGAUUCGAACUAGCGAACUCCAGGGGUGAUAGCCAGCGUCUUUACUACUGAGCUACCCAGGCCCCCAGUGGCAUUAAACCUUAAGAGAGUACCUUAACCCAGUGAAUAGCCUUGUUUUCAUUUGCAGCAAAUCAAAUACACCCAAGUCUACCCAGACUAAAGCCUACGGUGCUUUUUGUAUGCUUUCAUUGGAUGGAAAGAGCAGUGUGAACAUUCUGCUAAACAUCUUCUUUUGUGUAUAGCAUAAGAAAAAGUCAUAGAGGUUUGGAGCAACAUAAGGGUGAGUAAAUGAUGACAGAAUUGUCUUUUUUGGCUGAACUAUCCCUUUAAAUUUCUUCACUCAUCCAGCCGAAUCAAGCGGCACUCGGACUCUUCAUUCACUCUGUCUGAAUUAUACAGUCAUCAGACAAACACUCUGUACAUAUCUCAUGUAUGGUAGCUGCUUCAAUAAGGACUCAUCAUAGACGCUUCAGUAUGCACCAAACGCAGACAUGGAUACUGUGCCUUUAGUGAUCUAGUUUAAACCCAUUUGCAAGGGUUCAUGCUGCUUUCUCAUGCCUAGUUGCCGUUUGUGUACCAAAACUAAAACUUAUACUCAGAUUACUGCUUGACCACUGUACAUGUUCAGCUUUUGUCAAGUAAUGUGUUUCUACCCACAAACCCUCAAACCCCUGCUGUACCGGAAUAGAGUAACAUAACAAAGUCUCUUUGUUAACACAUGUAUUUGUAUAGAGCGCUAACAGCUCCAAACACAAAGGCUAACUAGUGCAUUGUUAGUUUUUUGAUCUCCACUUUUAGUUUUUCCCGGAAUGUAGAGAGGCAGAAUAUCAUGGAGAUCUUUUCUGUGGGUUUGAGCACUGUGUUAAAACCGCAGCAUGGGCUCAAGCUUGCGAGGAGAUGUUUAUUUAUACCUUCUUUGGUCAAAUGAGGUCAGUGACGGCGAUUCAUUCCUCUGCUGGAGUUGAUUUUUCAUUCCAUAAUUACAAUUUCUGGGUCAUAUUUCACCCCACACUGAAAAGAAAAAAAGAUAUAUAUUUUAACCAACAUUUUUCCGACUGAUAUAAUUAUUAUGCAUGCUGCUUUUAUAAUUACUGAUAGACUACAUGGAAUAUUCUUACUUUUAAAAAAAAUUCAUUUGUCAGACUGCAUGACAAUUUAAAUGCAGUAAACAGCAAAAAGUCAAUUUGCACGGUAAUAUGUGUGUGUGUGUGUGUGUAUGUGUGUAUAUGUAUAUAUAUAUUAGGGCUGUCAAUUGAUGAAAACAUUUUUUUGAAUUAAUUACACGGUAUGCCAAUAAAUUAAUCGCAAUUGAUCGUAUAUAUAAAUAUUUGCUUAGAAAGCCCCUCAAAUAACAAUAAUUCAAUAAAUAAUGAUUAAAUACUUAUAAAUAGUUAUAUUUAAAUCAUUAUAAAAAAUAAUAAUAUAGAUAAUUAAAAUACAUUACAUCAUUGUGGCACAUGAGUAAAGCAUUACAAAAGAUGGUAACACUUUACAAUAAGGUUCCAUUUGUUAACAUUAAUUAAUAACAUUAGUCAACAUGAACUAACAAUGCACAAUACUUUUGCAGCUUUUAUUAAUCUUAAUGUUAAUUUCAGCAUAUACUAAUACAUUUCUCAAAUCAAAAGUUGUGUUUGUUAACAUUUAGUAAAUGCAUUAUGAACUAACAUGAACUUACAAUCAACAAUUGUAUUUUUAUUAACUAAUAUUAACAAAGAUUAAUGAAUGCUGUAAACAAUAUAUUGUUUGUUCAUGAUACCUAAUGCAUUAAAUAAUGUUAACAAACAGAACAAUUCAAAAAGUGGCUUUAGUAUGCAAUAUUUUGUUUAUUUCCAUAUUAUUGAACUUAUGUCAUCGCCUAUCAUUGACCUACAGUUCACACAAUCCAUUUUGCAAUUGAAUUUGUCAGUCAGUCCGAGAUAGAUUUAUUAUGAGGGCUUUUCUAAGGAUGCAAAAAUGCACACCUGCGUCAGACACUUUUGGAGCGUCUCGUUUGCGUCGCGUCAUAAACAUACCAUUUGUUGGUCGCUGUGUCAAGUUAAACAUAGUUUGAAGCUUAGGAAAACACUUCUUGAGAUCCCUGCGUUCGUAUUUGCGCUCCAUCAAGCUGUGUUUGAACGCAAGAACGUGUUUUCAUCUUGUUUUGUCUGCUGUCAGUGAGUGUGGUUUGUUCUCUGUAUAACCAUGUUGUCCAAACAGAUGAAGUUUCGCUUACUGCCCCCAAAUUCAAGCUUGAAUUGAUCAGAUGGAAGGAAUGUUCCUUAUCACGGUCCGGGGACAUGAUUAUUUGCGUUCAUUUUUUUAACACGUUAUUUUUUAUAUAAUUAAUCACACUGAAUUAACGUGUUAAAUUGACAGCCCUAAUAUAUAUAUAUAGUGCAGAAAGAAAAUGAAGCCUAUCUUUAAAAAAUAUUUUUUGCAUUAAUACAUUAUUUUCAUGACAGUUAAACACAUCCUCCCAAAUUCUCAUUAGAGUAAUGCUUAUAAUACAGUUAGAAACAAAAGUGGGGUCAAAUAUGACCUGAAUGUUUCUUGAUGUUUUUUGUGAGAUUCACUCAAAUCUCUCAAUAAAUCUCAAUGAACUUUAAUCCGCUGGGACAGAAGCUCGGUUUACUUGUGUGCUGAGCUCCUGAACUGCUGUAGAAGCUCGUCAGGAAAGAUCUUUACCUGCUCAAACAUGCUUUUGUUGUCAUAUGAAAGUGGGUCUGGGUCCAUUCUCUCUCCUGCCUGUUUAAUAUUCAAUAUCAGGUCCCUGUCACGAGCACUCUGGUGUUUUUGUUUUCUCGAAGGAGAUCAGGGUCAGGAGUGGAUGUAGAAUCAUCACGAUAUGAUCACAUGAAUGUUGCAGGAGUUUCUCUUUAUAUAUUCUUUGUUUCAAAGAAUGUUGUGCCAUUUGUUAAUAGCAGAGAGAACUAUUGAACAGAAAAAAGAAGAGCUAUUUUAAAUUAUUUUAGGCUUUUGUUUAGCUAUAUUUAUUUUCUUGUAUUGGAAAUCUUUAUAGGAGUUUAAAAAAAGACAAGUAUUUUUCAUCAGGCAAAAAAACGUUUUUUUUUUUUUUUUUUUUUGUACAUUUUCCAUGUUAAGCAGUCGUUUAGAGCAAUAUAAUGUUCAUGUGACUGUAUGUGCAUGCUGUUUGUGAUGCCUUAAUCAUUGCCAGCGCUCGGCUGUGUUCAACCAGUGCAGUCAAUAAAGCUGUGCUUCACAUCAAAACCAGACCUGUGCUACUGCUGUGUCACUGCACCACAUACCCAUGCACUUCGCACUUUUCAAUUUUCAGACAUUUUCAUAAUCUAUUGCCGUGAAAAUGAAUAAUCUGUUAAUCGUUUAUGUUAAUACUGAAAAAAGCAUGUGGAGGACUCCAAAUAAUAUGUGCAUGCAGCCUACUGUUUGAAUAUCAUUUUACUUAAUAAACUUUUUUUAAAAAGGGGGCCUGGGUAGCUCAGCGAGUAAAGACGCUGACUACCACCCCCUGGAGUCGCGAGUUCGAAUCCAGGGCGUGCUGAGUGACUCCAGUCAGGUCUCCUAAGCAACCAAAUUGGCCCAGUUGCAGAGGGUAGUGUCAUAUUGGGUUAACCUCCUCAUGUUCGCUAUAAUGUGGUUUGCUCUCAGUGGGGUGCGUGGUGAGUUGUGCGUGGAUGCCGCGGAGAAUAGCGUGAAGCCUCCACGCGUUCAACAAGCCACGUGAUAAGAUGCGCGGAUUGACAGUCUCAGACGCGGAGGCAACUGAGAUACGUCCUCUGCCACUCGGAUUGAGGCGAGUCAAUACGCCACCAUGAGGACUUAGAGCACAUUGGGAAUUUGGAAUGAAAAAUACAUUUUGGAAUUUUAAAAAUAAAAAUAUAUUUUAAAAAAGCAGGUAUUGUCAUUGUACUCUUAAAAUAUUCUUAGUUCAGAAUCAGAAUGUGCUUUAUUGCCAAGUAUGCUUACACGUACAAGGAAUUUGUCUUGGUGACAGAAGCUUCCAAUGCACAAACAAUACAGCAACAAGACAGAGAUAAUAAUAAAAAAAUAAAAAAUAAAUGUAAAAAGUGAAUAGAAAAUAUAGGUUAAUAGAAUAUGCUCAGUGAAUUUUAAUACAUCUAGGUAAUGUUAAGUACAAAUUUGUGAAUUGUUUAAUUACUGUUAAUGAAUUACUGUUAAUAAUAACUUGUAUACAAGAAUAUUACUUGUAUACAUCAUGUAUUUGAGUUCAAUAAAAAUUCAUGUUGUGGAUCGUGGGAUAUUUUGGACCUUUGGACUUAUUUGUUUAUUUGAAAUUAAGUCAAAUAAUAACGCGGCAUAAACACAGUAGCUAACAUAGCAUACCGUUUCUCUGGUGCUGGAGAGAUGUCAGCUGAAUGUGCCUUUGUGCUUUCCCUUUUCACAGACGUAAUUGUAUGUUGGGAUGAAACAAGGAGACUAGCAGAUCAACAGUGCUUGUCAUGUUGGACUUUAACACACUAUCAUGGUGUGUGCAGAAAACAUUCAUGUUCAUUUAUAGAGAAACUCUCCAACACUGUUUACAUUGAGCUGAUCUGUGCAUUUCUGAUCUGUUCGUCUGUGCGGUUCUUCUUCUGUGAUGCGGAUAAGACGUGACAUGCAGCACACAAGCGGAGGGUGGCUGUAUAGACAGCCUUGUCUGUUGGCAUGAUUACCAAACACAUUUGUCCUGAAAUUAAUCAACAAUCGAUAAGCUUAAUCUAUCCAAUUAUUUAUGGUGAUUGAUCGAUUAUCGAUUAAUCAUUAACAUCCCUACUUCACACAUAACUGCAGUUUACACUAAAGCAGGACUUAAAUGUGAAUUGCAGCAGUAAUCAACAAAAUUAUAAUAAAAUAUAAAUGUAACUGGAAGCAGCAAUUAUGGGACCAAGCACACCAGUGGCAACAAUGGCAAUAAUCUUGCCUAAAAUUAUCACCAGAGAUGGUAUUAUCAAGGUGGUUUAAAAGCCAAAUGUAGAAUUACUUGAAACAAAAAUAAAAUUGCUUGUAAAUUGUGACCAAUAUGUGGCACUAUCACCAAACUUAUAUAGUAUUAUCAGGUCAUGGCUGGAAGUAAACAUGAAAAGUUCAUGUCAAAAUGUUAAAGAAUUGCUAUUAGAGUCACGUAACGCAAUGUGAACGGUAAGCUCUGCACACUUUGCUAAUUUUAACACUUUUAAUGACAUAAACCAGUGAGAUUUGAUACACUCUGUUCCAUAACUGUACUAGGAGGACAAUAUGUCAAAGAAUUCAAAAUCAUCGGGCUCUGGAGACAUUAAAAGACACUUACAUGGGUCAUGGGACGCCAUGCAAGAAGCAGACGUGUGAACGACGAGCUCUGCGCACUUUGCUAAAUUUUUUAUUAUUCUCAUGUUAUAAUUUGGUGAAAUUCGAUACACCCAGUUACACAUUUGCUCUUUGAGGUAAAACAUGGCAAGCUUUUCCUGGGUCUGCUCGACAUAACAGGCCACAAGCUGGAAAUCGAGCGAGCUCACAGAGUGCCGGCUCACAGAUCUGCUGAGGGAGAAAGGCCCCGAUCUAUCCUGGCCAAAUUUCUGAGGUCAUCCGAUAAAGAUCUCGUGUUGCGCCAGGCGAGGAGCAAAGGGAAGCUUUCUUGGAGGAAUCAUAAUAUUUUCUUGUUCCCGGACUUUGCGAGUUCGAUAAGAGAGAAGCGCGAUCGGUUCAAGGAAUGCAAGAAACUCUUACAUCGGCGAAAGAUCUCGUUUGCUCUAAUGUUUCCGGCCAAACGGAGAAUAUUUACGAAGAACGAUCGUAAAGUCCCAAUCAGGCAAUGUCUUUUAUUGAAUCAAUGGGUGAGUAAACCAUUGGAUGUUUCUCAUAUGAGUGGGUCUGACUCGCUGUACUUACUCUGGCUUUUGAGGAAGAUGGGAGUCAUUUUGGUUUCUUUUUGCGUUGGCUCCGCCUAGCGGCUGGAGUUUGUUUUGUGAAUAACACUUUCCUUGUUUUUGCAUUGAUGAAAGAUUACUUUUGCAUUGAAGUUCCCGGCCAGUUUGAGAGUGGACACUACGGAUGACUGCAAAAUAUCUACAUGCUCACACAAAGGAUGUCUUUUAUAAAAUUGACGGAGUAAGUCACGGUAUAUACUUUUAUGCGGCCUCCGAGUGAAUUGACUUGACCAUCCGGGGAACCGGGAUGUCGGUUUUGUUUCUUUUUGUGUUGGCUCCGCCUAGCGGCUGGAACUUGUGCCAUUUACGGGGCACUGGAAUGAUUACGUCAUCUGCUGAAUUCAUACCAGCUGGCUCACUGAACAUUUGUUUGUCUAUCCGUGAAACUGAAUGGUUUUAUAUCAGCUGAAAUUUGUUUUGUGGAGGAUCACACCUUUAAAACAAUUCUGUGAAUUAAUCUACAUGUUGUGUGUUCAUUCUUCCUGUUGACUGGGGGUUAUUUUACAAAGUAUUUUCUGUUAUGUAAUUUUGCUUCACAAAUUUGUGAGGCAAAAUUUAGCAAUCCGAUGGCAAAGUUGUCGUGGGGGCUCAUGGGCGUUCAUGGACCUUUUGAGUUUAGAGAGAUUGUCGCUGGUUGGCGCUUUCAUGCGCGGGGUUAAUGUGCACGUUUUUCUGUUUGUUUUGUUCGGGGGGAAGUUCGGGGGUUGAUUGUUUCACUAAUGGGGAAUGUGGUCUGUAUAAUUUUGUUUUUGACACACAGUUUUUUUUUUUUUUUUUUUAUUAUAUCAAUAUGUCAGUUGUUAAUAUGAGUGUACUAUCUCUCUCCACAUGGAAUGUAAAUGGGUUGGGGCACCCCAUAAAAAGAAGGAAGUUAUUACUUUUCUUAAAUGUAAGAAAUAUGAUAUAGUGUUUCUUCAAGAAACACAUCUCUCCCCGCAGGAAGCUGAAAAAUUUGGUAAGAUAUGGGGUGGACAUGCUUUCUUUAGUGUUGGCUCAAGUAAGAGCAAGGGAGUCAUUAUAUUGUUAAAUAAACAUUUACAAUUCAGAUUAAAGAUAAAUUAGGAAGAGUCAUUAUUGUUUUAGCUGAAAUUCAAGGGCAAAGGUUGAUUUUGGCUAAUAUUUAUGCGCCUAACGCUGAUGAUCAGGGCUUUUUUAUAGAUCUUGAAGGGAUGUUGCAAACCGCUGGCACCCCUCAAUAAUAUUGGGAGGAGACUUUAAUCUUUUGAUGGAUUCAGUCCUUGAUGAAGCAAAAGUGUGUAAGGGGGCCCUAGAGCAACCUUGACGCUUCACAGGAUGUGUAAAAAUAUUGGUCUUACAGAUAUUUGGAGACUUUUGAACCCAUCUGGUAGGGACUAUACAUUUUUUUUCAUCAGUCCAUAAAAUUUAUUCUAGAAUAGUUUUUUCUUUUUUUUUUAUAUCCAAGUCCCUCAUUUUAUUUGUUGUGGAUUGCUCAAUUGGAAACAUUUUAGUCUCAGAUCACGCCCUGGUGAGUUUAGAGGUGGUGCCACAUACGGAGAAAAAGAAAUCAUAUAGUUGGCGCCUUAAUGUGGAAAUCCUGAUUUCCAACAAAUGCCAAAGGCUGAAAUCAGUGUUUAUAUGGAGACCAAUUGGUCCUCAGUAUCCACUGUGGGCGUGGCUUGGGAGGCACUUAAGGCGGUUCUUAGGGGUCGAAUCAUACAGUAUACCUCAUUCAUCAAAAAAUCCAAAGCACGAGAACUCGUGGUGUUGGAAGGAAAUAUUAAAAAUGCCGAAGCAGAGCUGAAGCACCAUUUGUCAUCCGAUGGCCUCAGAGAAUUGACUCGAUUGAAAUACGGAUAUAAUACUAUUUUGUCGCGGAAAGUGGAGUUUUGGUUAUUCAGGGCAAGACAGUCAUACUUUGAGUCGGGUGACAAAGCAGGAAAACUUUUGGCUAGAUAUAUAAAGCAGAGAGAGUCUUUUUCUACCAUUCCCUCAGUGAAAUCUGCUGGUGGUGAAAUAUUUACCUUGGCCAUUGAUAUUAAUAAUGCUUUUAAAGAAUUCUACUUUGAUCUCUAUAGAUCAAACUACGUGUUCGUCUACUGAUGAAGAUAUUAGAAACUUUGUGGAACCAUUAGAUCUCCCUAAACUGACGACUGAGCCAACCAUGACACAAGCCCGGAUCAGUCUGAUUCUUAAAAAGGACAAAGAUCCAAGCGAGUGUAAAAGUUACCGUCCAAUUUCCCUGAUCCAGUUAGAUGUAAAAAUGUUGUCAAAAAUUCUGGCUAAUCGAUUAAGUAAAGUUAUGACAUCUCUUAUACAUAUAGAUCAGGUGGGGUUUAUUCGGGGCCGUAGCUCUUCUGAUAACAUUAGGCGUCUCAUCAAUAUCAUGUGGUCAGUAGCGAAUGAACAAUCUCCGGUCGCUGCCAUCUCACUUGACGCCGAAAAGGCAUUUGAUAUGGUAGAAUGGGAUUAUCUUUUUAAGGUUUUGGAAAUGUACGGGUUCGGGAGUACUAAUGGAUGGAUUAAGUUACUUUAUAGACACCCAGUAGCGGCGGUACAAACAAAUGGACUAAUUUCAGAUUAUUUUAUUCUGGAUAGGGGCACCCGGCAGGGUUGCCCUCUUUCCCCAUUAUUGUUCUGUCUUGCCCUGGAACCAUUAGCAACCACGACAAGAAAGGAGGAUGAUUUUCCAGGGGUGGUGGCAGGAGGUAUGGCGCAUAAACUCUUGCUUUACGCAGAUGAUAUUUUAUUAUUUGUCUCUGACCCCAGUAGAUCUAUGCCUUGCCUCCACAGAAUUAUUAAUUCCUUUUCUAAGUUUUCAGGAUAUAGUCAAUUGGUCUAAAUCCGAAGCUUUGGCUCUGACAGCGUACUGCCCAGAAACAGCUUUCCAGCCGGGUGCUUUCCAGUGGCCCAAACAGGGCAUUAAGUGUUUGGGGAUUUUAUUCCCAGCAAAUUUGUCUGAUUUAGUCAGAGUUAAUUUUGAUCCCUUAAUAAAACGGUUUUCGAGCGAUGUGGGCAGGUGGGCUUCAUUACAUUUAUCUAUGAUUGGGAAAGUUAAUGUUAUUCAAAUAAAUUGAAUUCCAAAAUUCAAUUACUUACUGCAGUCUCUCCCUGUAGAUGUCCCCCUCUCUUAUUUCAAGCAAUCUGAUAGCAUAGCAAAGUCUUUCAUUUGGAAUGGUAAGCGUCCUAUAUUACAUUUCAAUAAGUUACAUAGGCCGAUUGACAAAGGUGGACUAGGCCUACCCAAGAUUUUAUUUUAUUAUUAUGCAUUCGGUCUCAGACAUUUGGCUCAUUGGUCGCUUCCACCUGAGAGAGCCCCUCCCUGGUUCUGUAUAGAACAGGAAGUUCUUGCCCCUAUUUCGCCACUGCAGAGCCUUUCUAUCAAAUUAAUCGGAGAAGCUAAGUUACAUCCCGUUAUCUCACACUUGAACUCGGUAUGGACAAAAGUGUCCAGAGUGUUUAAUUCUGAAAUUUUUUUCAAUGUUGCCUCGAGCAUAUGGCUGAACCCAAAAUUAUGUAUGAAUAAAUCCUCUUUCUGCUGGUCAGAGUGCAUUAUGAGGGGGUUACUACACUCGGUGACCUAUAUGAGAGUGGAGUGUUGAGAUCCUUUGAAAAUUUGGUUCAACAUUUUGGGAUUCCCAGAUCUCAGUUUUUUACAGCUGCGCCACCUGCUCUGUACUAUUUUUGGGAGUAGCAUACAACCCCCUAAAGCUGCAGACACUCUGGGAGUGGUGAUUACUGCUUUUGGAAAAGGUCAUGAGGCAUCAGUGUAUUGCUCCCUGCUAAUUCAGAGUCUGGAGGAUGGAGCUUUAACUUCUUUCAAGAGAUUAUGGGAGAAAGAUUUAAACUUGGUAUUGGAGGAGGGAGUGUGGGCUAGGAUUCUAAAAAACGUCAAGCCUGCAUCUAAAGAUAAUGCCUUAUGCAAUUCAAGAUUUUACAUCGAUUCUGUUGGACCCCCUCUAGAUUGUAUAGGCUUGGUCUUAAAGACACCUACCUGCUGGCUAUGCCAAUCAGAAGAUGGAGACACAACCCAUGUUUUUUGGUGGUGUGUUAAGAUCCAAGAAUUUUGGUUGAAGGUUCAGAGUUUUAUGUGUGACGUAUUGGGCACUCAGAUUUCAUUUUGCCCCAUACUCAGUACUUUAGGCGAUGUGGCGGUCAUCAAUAUAGGGAAUAAACACAUAAAAAAUUGGGUCCUAACCAGUGUCAUGAUUGCCAGACAAACUGUUUUAAGGGGAUGGUAGUCGGCUGGAGUGCCCCCAUUUCAGGAGUGGUGCUCGGAGAUGGGUAGGGUGGCGGCUUUCGUAGAAGGGUCAUCUAGAAGACUGGGGAAUUUGGACUCAUUUGUGGGGAAAUGGGGCAAAUAUUUGGCAUGUUUGGAGGGCUCUCGGUGAGGGGUAGUGGAGAGAGAGGUGUAGUUGUUAAUGUGUGUGAUUAUUAUAUAUAUAUAUAAUUUAUUUAUUUUGUGUGUGUGUAUACUCAUAUGUGACCACAGGAAUGUUUG